AUGUCCAACUCUACCGUCAACCCCAACCCCUACCCCUUCCAGCACAAGGCCAGCGCCACCUCGGUAGUCACUGAGCCGUCGGACGCCGGCGUGACAGUUCAAUUCAAGAACUGUCGCGGGAACAUCCCAUCAAUCCAGGCCUCUCGGCUCCGCGGCAUUGUCAACGAGGCACACGGCGACCCCUCCAAUGUUGUGGCUACGGUAUGCAGCUAUGACGCUCUCAGCUCGCGUCUGUGUGAGGAAGCCGGCUUUCCAAUGAUUUUCUUGGCAGGCUAUGCCAUGGCUUCAUCUUUCGGCCUCCCGGACACCGGGUACAUUGCAUUCCAGGAGGUUGUGGCCAAGGUGCAGGAAGUCAGUCGACAAGUGACCAUCCCUAUCUGUGUUGAUGGAGACACGGGAUACGGCAGUCCCAUGAACGUGAGACGUACAGUUCAAGGUUUCGCUGCUGCUGGGGCUGCCGGCAUCAUGAUUGAGGACCAAACCUGGCCAAAGCGCUGCGGCCACACUACUGGCAAGUCUGUUGUCUCCCGUACGGAGGCUUAUGCUCGCUGGCAAGCCGCCGUUGACGCCCGCAAUGAGGGCCAGGACAUCUGGAUUCUGGCCCGCACCGAUAGUCUGAUUCAUGGGUAUGAGGAGGCUUUGACGCGCGCUCGCAAGGCAAUUGAGAUUGGCGUCGACGCCAUUUUCGUCGAGGCCCUUCCCGAUCGGGCAAGCAUGGAGCGUCUGAGGCAAGAUCUUCAGUUCCCAGUCUUUGCCAACAUCAUUGAGGGUGGCAAGACUGAGGAACUCUCGGCUCAGGAACUGGCCAAGAUGGGCUACUCUGUUGUGGCCUAUCCCUGGACCCUGGUGGCAGCCAAGCUCAAGAGCGUCCGGGACGCUCUGGAAAACAUCAAGAAGUCCAUGAGCACCGGACGGCCGCCUGUGAUCCUCACCUACGAUGAGGUGUGCCAUGGCGUCGGAUUUGACGAGUAUUAUGAGCUGGAAGAGCGGUAUGAGUAUGAGGGGCGUACCACGGGCGCCAAUGGACAUCAGUGGUCGAAGUGA